AUGAGACGUUUAAAAGUGAAACGGCCAGCGUUAUUAUCAACGCCCUCGUUUCUUAUUUAUUCUAUUAUUUUUCUUGUAUUGCUUUUUUUGCUUGGGGUGAUUAUAAUAUCAUCUUUCCUGCAUUUCACCCUUGAGUUGCAUUCGGAAGAGUAUAUUACACCAUCUACACUUUCAAAUACCACAAUUGUCUUUUCGCCUAUAAAACUUUCUCAGGGCGAUGCGUUUCGAUAUAUUCCACAGAGUACUGUACAUACAUGGACUCGGCGGAAAUUCCUUAUUGUGGUAAGCAUCCCAUCUGUGGAUAUUGAAAUAAGGCGAAAACGCCGUCAUCUGCAGCGGACUAGCUGUUGGAAGUAUCGCGGUGUUGCUCGAAAGGAGAAUAACUUCAAUGGGGCCAUGCUUGUGGUUUACCUUAUUGGACGACAUCCUUCACACGGUUUUAAUUACUCUGAGGCAUUAGCGAAUGAAGCUGCCGAAUGGCAUGAUGUUAUUACACUUCCAAUAAAUGAAGGUAUUAUUAGUCCAAACAAAACUGUCGGUACUCAGGGUUUUUGUGGGGUUGAGGCACAGGUGGGUGUAAGUCGUAAACUUUUAAUUUGGUUUGAAUUUACCCUUCGUUUUUUCCGUAAAGUUCACUUUAUUGCGAAAGGUGAUGAUGAUAUGUUUUUGCGUGUGCCUCAGUUCCUUACGGAUCUUCGUACUUUACCACGUCGAGGUCUUUACUGGGGUGAUCUUUGCCCAGCAAGACUACGUGAGGGGAAUGUUACUUUAAAGUAUCGUUUUGCAUUGGGUUCUCUCUAUACACUUGGUAGGGAUGCUGUGAAGAGUAUUAUAUCAUAUGAACCACUGCAGCGUUUGAUAAGUCAACCAUUCCGCAGUGAACGAGAGGCAGAGUAUAGAGCGAUGGAGCUGCACUCUGAAGAUGCCAUGGUUGGGCUUAUAUUGCAAAAGUCUGGUUAUUAUCGUCAUGUUGUUUUUGUGAAGGAAAUGGCGUGUUCUUUUCACGAUAUUUACAGUGGAGUUCGUAUUGGUCCUAUAGGGCGUAGCUCUAUCAUGAUACAUCACUUGCGGGAAAAGGACUACAGAGAACUUUUUGAUUUGUUUAGAAACGAUACUGGUAGUUACAGACGACGGAAAUAUGUCAAUAAAAAGAACUUCAGACUUCUGUGUAAAUGA